CGACUGUGACGUCACCCGAAGACGUCCAGGAAAGCUUUUUCCGGCUUUUGGUCUCCACACGUGCGUCUUCCUCAAAGUUGGGCGAGAGUCCCGCCUGCUGCCCAUUCCUGUUCCGUCUCUGACACGGAGGUUGGUCCUGGGUGCAUCGCAGCCUGAGGCACUGUGCGGGGUGCGGGGCCGUCUUGGAUGAAGCGGACCUGGCGGAAGAACCUCAGGGAGAAGCAGCCUUGGAGGUGCUGUGCUCAACUGGCUGGGACGCCUGAGGUUGCAGGAAAUGCUGUCCUUCUGGGAUGUGGCCAUUGAUUUCUCUCCAGAAGAGAGGGAAUGUCUGGAGCCUUCUCAGUGGAAUCUGUACAGGGAUGUGAUGUUGGAGAAUUACAGCCACCUUGAAUUCCUGGGUCUUGUCGUCUCUAAGCCACACCUGGUGACAUUUCUGGAGCAAACACAAGGACCUAGGGAUGGGAAGAUACAAGCAGCAGCCACCGUGCACCCAGGAACAACAUCCAAUGCUGAUUAUAACUCACUACAUAGUCAACGCCAGAGAAUUCAUACAAGGGAGAAACCCUACAAGUGUGAAGAAUGUGGUAAGGGCCUUAGUUCUCACAGAACUCUUUCCAUGCACAAGAGACUUCAUACUGGAGGAAAACCCUACACGUGUGAAGAAUGUCACAAGGCCUUCAAUACUCGCUCAUCACUUUUUAUACACCAGAAAGAUCAUACUGAUGAGAAAACCUACAAGUGUGGAGACUGUGACAAAUCCUUUUACUAUCCUUCAAUGCUGAAGCAUCAUCAAAAGAUUCAUUCUGGGAAGAAACCCUACAAGUGUGAAGAUUGUCACAAGGCCUUCAAUACUCGCCAAUCACUUUUUAUACACCAGAAAGAUCAUACUGAUGAGAAAACCUACAAGUGUGGAGAAUGUGGCAGAUCAUUUUACUAUCUUUCAAUGCUGAAACAACAUCAAAGGAUUCAUUCUGGGGAGAAACCCUACAAGUGUGAAGAAUGUGGCAAAUCCUUUUGCUAUCCCUCAUUCCUUAAGCAACAUCAAAGAACUCAUUGUGGAGAAAAUCCCUACAAAUGUGAAGAUUGUGGAAGAAGUUUUUCUUGUUCUCUACGACUUCAGGUGCAUCAAAUAAUUCAUUCUGGAGAGAAAACAUACAAGUGUGAAGAAUGUCACAAAGCCUUCCGUUAUCUCUCAUCCUUUUGGAGACACAUGAGAGUUCAUACUGCAGAGAAGUCAUACCAGUGUGACCUGAAUGGAAAAGGAUUUACUAAGCCUGCCUUUCUCUUUGGGAACAAGGCAGCUCAUACUGCAAAGAAAGCCUACAAGUGUGAUGAGUGUGGCAAGUAUUUUUGUUCAUCUUCAUCCCUUAGACGACAUCAAACAAUCCAUUCUGAAGACAAUCCCUACAAGUGUGCAGAGUGUGGCAAAAGGUUUUCCUACUUUGCACACCUUCAAGAACAUCAGACAGUUCAUACUGGAGAGAAACCAUACAAGUGUGAGGAGUGUGACAAAUGUUUUUCCUCAUCUUCAUCCCUUAGACGACAUCAAACAAUGCAUUCUGAAGAUAGUCCCUAUAAGUGUGCAGAGUGUGGCAAAUGGUUUUCCUGUUCCAGGAGUCUUCGGGAACAUCAUGCAAUUCAUACUGGAGAGAAAUCAUACAAGUGUGAAGAAUGUCACAAAACCUUUCGUAAAUACUCAACCUUUGGAAACACAGAGAGUUCAUAGUGCAGAGAAAUCCUAUGAGUGUAAAAAGUGUGGGAGCUGUUUUUUCUCAUCUUCAACCCUCAGACGCAUCAGGCAGUUCACUCGGAAGACUAUCCCUACAAGUGUGAAGAGUGUGGCAGCUGUUUUUACUCAUCCUUGUUCUUCAGACGCCAUCAAAUAAUCCAUUCUGAAGACAGUCCUUAUAAAUGCGUAGAAUGUGGGAAACGCUUUUCCUGUUCCAGGAGUCUUCGGGGACAUCAAGCAAUUCACACUGGAGAGAAACCUUACAAGUGUGAACAGUGUCCUGAAGCCUUUCGUAAUAGCUCAUCCCUUUGGAGACACAAGAAAGUUCAUACUGCAGAGAAAUCAUAACAUUGUGAAGAGUGUGGCAAAUGUUUUUCUUCCUCUUCAUGCCUUAGAUGACAUCAAACACUCCAUUCUGAAGAUAACCCCUCCAAGUGCACUGAGUGUGGAAAUGCUUUUCUACUUUGCACACCUGCAAGAACUUCAGACAGCACACUGGAGAGAAACCUUCAAGGGUGA